ACAACCGAAAAAUGGCUUUUGGGACGUUUCUGUUCGGUGUGGCUCUGAUCAACCUUCUCUCUUUUGAAGGGGCUCAUGCUGGAUUUAGGUGGAAAUGCGGCAAGAUGCCAAAGUCAGGGCACAUGCCCUGGCUGGCUGUCAUUGCCGUCAAUGGGGACCCCUGCUGCUUCGGGUCUCUUAUUAGCCCCGACUUUGUGCUGACAGACGGUCACUGUGGAUUUGGACCUGAGAGUAAUGUACGGAUCUCUCUGGGAAACAUGGUGACUGCAGGUCACGGAGACAACUGCCAAGAGAUGAGGAGUGUUGAAUACUUCAAGUGCAACGAGCCCACAGCCAAGUCACAUCUAAUCAAGGACGGCAUUUGUCUUCUGAAGCUCUCAAGCCCGGUGAAUUUCACAGAAUAUGUCUAUCCCAUCUGCUUACCUGAGAGCUCAGAAUACCCUUUCCCCACCGAGAUGCCGAGCUACCUCACAACCGGAACAUCUCCUGGAGACCUGGUGAAAGUGCCGAUAGUCGGGUACAACCAGUGUAAAUGCUCCUACCCUACACUCAACCAGUAUCAGAUCUGUGCUGGACAGGGAUAUGGACCACCAAGGCUGAACAGAUGUCUGGACAAUCUGGGGGCUGGAGUUGUGACCAGAAUCGAUGGCAGGAUGACCCUGGUUGGUGUUGUGAGUGUGGAUCAGAGCUGCACCGAUCAUGGAUAUCUCAGACCGUUCACUGCUGUGGCCCCGUUCUACAGCUUCAUCCAAGGAGUGGCCUGUGACGUCCCACCGGUCUUCGUUCCCUUCUACCCCACAGGAAAUGACCCUGACACCAACUUUGUCUGUUCAGCACCUGGUCAUCCUGAGCCGGGACUACCAGUGGAUGACAAGGAGGGUUUUGAGGAUGUUUUUACUGAUGGCGUAGCAGGGAUGCAUUUGUCCCCCUUCAUCUUCCUCUGUGUUCUUGUUCUCUCUCUCUUCAUUGCUCACUGAUGAGAGAAAACAUCAAAGAGUGAGAUGGAUCAGCUUCUUAGCCAGGCUGUUUUCUUUACUUGGUGUCAUUAAGCACAGGGGGACAUAGGGAAAUAAAUCACAACCUAUAUCACAUGACAUAUUAGCAUCCGAAAUCAAGAUAGCCAGAAUCUUCCCAGCAUCUUCAGCUGCUAGCGUGGGUUGUAUCAUUUUUAAAAUGUUUGUUGUUUAGUGAAAUGUUUUGUCUGGUGUCAAAUUUAAUAAUUCUAACGGGUUUCAUGUAAAAUUUUCCACAAAACUUCAAAUGUAUAAUGGCCAAUGAUUCCUUGGUGAAGGGAGUUGCUGAUUACAGCAUGUCUUCUGUGGUAACAUUAAAUUCACGUGAGGCUAACAUAAACUCUAUUUUACGCAUUCAU